AUGAAACUAAUCCAAACCAUUAGUAUAGCUUGUAUUCUAUUGUUGAGUGUUUGUGCAGCUCUUGUUCUUUCAAAUCCAACUGCAGCAACACCAGCAACAGCUCCUCAUCCAGCACCACCUGUAGUUCCUCCAAAGGUUAUUAAGAAAAUCCACAAGAAUAAGAAACCAACCGAUUCCUACAAGAAACAAGGUGAUAAAUACUGUUACAACAAGUGUAUCAAAUAUUCAUCUAUCAAGGGCAAAUGUACCGAUUACAAUUGGGAAGGAGCCACCAAAAAGUGUAUCCAACACAAGACAAUCGGCAAGGGCAAAUGUUUAGAAUAUAAACGUGAAACCUAUUGUGACAAAUACGAAGGUCCAUCCACCAUCUGUAUUGCCCACGGAACCAGACAAGAAUGUGCCAAGAAACACUACUUGACUGUCUGUGAAAAGGAAGAAUUCAAGAAGAGUUGUGUCCACAAUGGAGAAAAUGGUAAAUGUUUAGAAUGGGCUCAUCGUGAUAUCUGUUUAGAUAAUUAUACUCCUCAACAAAAGAAACCAGAUCCAUAUGCCAGAUGUGAUUUGUACUCUUAUAUUCCAAAAUUGGAAUGUAAUUACAAGAAGAGAUGUGUUCAUUAUAAGACUGAUAGAUAUUGUAGUAAAUUUGGUAAGAAAUGUGAAAAGAAAUGCAAGUGGGAAGAAGUUAAGCAAUCUGAUUUGUAUGUUCCACAUAAUGCCAAGUCAACCAAGCCAACUAAGGGAAAGCAAGUUGAUCCAUAUGCACCACCAAAGGUAUUCAGAAAGGUUUGUCACCAAGAAUGUCACAAGAUUUGUGAUGAAUUCUCAAAGAAAUUGACUUGUGAAAAGUAUGAAAAUGUCAAGUUCUGUAAGAAGACUGGAUAUACUCAAUUCUGUGCUCAACCAGCUCCAAAGACUGAUGGUUACAUUCCAGCUGAUACUUAUCUUCCUCCAAAAUGUAAGAAACAAAAACGUGUCAAGUAUUGUGUUAGAUGGACUAAGGAAAAGCAAUGUGAUCAAUUCAAGAAGAUUAGAUGUUGUUUAAAGAAGAAACAAGUUCCAUACUGUGCCUCUUACAAGACAGUUUCAUUCUGUACACAACAUGAAAAUCUUCCAAAGAGAUGUGUCAAGCAAAGACAUGUCAAGAAAUGUGUCAAGAAGAGUGAAGGUCAACAAGUUUGUGUCAAGUUUGCAUUUGGAGGUGGUAAGGCCAAGUGUCAACAUUUUGCUCAAAAGACUGUCUGUGCCAAGAGAAAGAGAGUUUGUUCUUCAGUUAAGGAAGACAAUUUUGAUACUUACAAUGAAAAGAGUAAACCAAAGAAUCAUAAGAAACCAAAGAAGGUCAAUAAGAAACGUCAUCACGUUACCAAAAAGAGAAAGCAUCCAAAGAAAGCUGCCACUCCUCCACCAGUUUCCAAUGGAAAACAUUAA